AUGAUACGAUUUCCUGGCCCGGGAGUGGUUCCACAGUUACCGCUUUUAGAGGAGCUAGGAGGGAAUGGGCAAGACCCAUUUCUUGAUUCACCUGAUGAUGUAUUGCUUCUUGAUUGGCAUGUUCCUGAGGCAGAUAUGAUGGAUGAUGUAUUGCCUCUUGAUUGGCAUGUUCCUGAGGCAGAUAUGAUGGAUGAGGAACCUGACCCCAGUGAUAUACUCGAAGGUCAACACUAUGCUCAGAUGAUAGAGCAGCCAGCUAUAUUUCAGGGUGAACUCAGUGCAUUUCAGUUGGAAAGGUCCUUCCCUGCGAACGAUACUCUUGAGAAUACUCGACAACAUAUAUUGACAUAUGAGAUGCAGUUUGAUAAGACAAUCCAAACCAUCUCCCUAAUCGCUUUUCUCAUGGAGAACAAUAAUGUGGCUGGACCACACUUGAUUGUGGCCCCGAAGGCUGUACUAUCAAAUUGGAUGACUGGAUUCAGGAUUUGGGUCCCUAGCAUUGUUGCUGUUCAUUAUGAUGGACGUAUGGAGGAGAGAAAGCUGUUGAGGAAUGAACACUCAAGGAAGAGGAAACUGAAUGUAUUGGUCACGGACUAUGACACGAUUAGUAAAGAUAAAUCAUACUUAAAAAAGAUUAACUGGCACUACCUGAUUUUUGAUGAAGGAGAACAGCUCAAAACUGGGGAAUAUGCUCUUGCAAGGACUGUUGAAUCAGGAUUUAAGAUACGACGGAGAAUUUUGCUGACCGGGAAGCCAAUACCGAAUAAUUUGCAGGAGUUAUGGCCACUGCUUAAUUUUGUCUUUCCAAACAUAUUCAAUUCAGUGGAGAAUUUUGAGGAGUGGUUCAGUGCUCCCUUUGGAGAUCAACCUAAUGUUUCUCUUACAGAUGAAGAGAAGAGUUCGAUCAUUUGUCGUUUUCACCAUGUUUUAAGGCCAUUCGUAUUGAGUAGGAAGAGAAAAGAUGUGGAAAAGGCAAUCUUGGUACAUGCAAAGCCACAGGUGCGUAAACGUUCAAGCUCACUUGGAAGAGAUGUGCCAAGCGAGAUAGAGAUUAGUCUUGCAACAAAUUGUAGUUCACCGAGAGAAAUGCUGAUAUGGAAGAUUCACAAGAGGAAGAGGUCUAGAUGCAUUUAUAUGCCUCCCCAUUCUAGUCCUCAACAAAAACCAGCUAGAUUCAAAAGAAGGGCACACAAGCCAAAGAGAGCCAAGAUUCCAGAAUCUGAAAUUACUGAUUUCACUAUCCAAGAAGAGCAAACACCAUCAAGACCAAUUCCUGUUGAUCCUUCUCAAGCUCUGAUGGUGGAACCUCUUCAAGCUGUUCCUAUCACUGAUGCCACACCAUUAUCUCCUACAACAUCUCCUAAAGCAUCUCCUACAGCAUCUGUAGUAGAUGAAGAGAUCAGGUGUGAUGAACCAGUUACUGCUGAAGCUGGAGCAACUCAGUCUGAUUGUCAAACUCCACUAUCUGAUCAUGGUCAAAUUCCUCAAUCUCCAAUGAAAAUUCCAGAGGAUGCCAUUGUUCAUGAUACAGCUCCAGAGAACUACAGGUCUGAUGUAGUUGAUGAAACUGACAAAGUAGCUGUGGAAGCGUUACAAACUCUUGCUCAGACUGGUGAAGAGCCCAUCAAGUCACAGUCUGAAGAUAAAGGAAAAUCUGCUCAGGAUAAUGUGGAGAAAGUUGCAGAUCCUGUUCCUGCAGAUGAAAAAGCAAACUCUGAUCCUGAGGAUGAUACCAGUUCAGAUACUGACAAGGAUGACAAUGCUGAAAUCCCUUUGACACAACAGAAAUGGGAGUCUACUAGCCAGUUCAAUGCAAGAUGGUUAAAGUAG